CGCCAAGUUUGGCGCAGUCUCUUUCUUUUUUCUUUCAACAUUGAGACAAAAACUAUCUACAGCAACAACAGCAAGAGCCAGCGCCAUAACCCCCUCUCUCUCUCUCUCUUACCCUUUCCCUUUCCCUUUCCAAAAUAACACCAAUCUAUCUAUCUCUUCCAAAGUCACCACCUUUCUCAAUUCCCAGAUUCUAAAGCACCUACCUUUUUCAUUAUCAUCAUCAUCACCAAUUACUCACUCACACACACAAACACACACUAAGCAUCUAUCUUUCAAUCAAUGGAGAGCCUCCCACUUGAGACGGCGGAGAAGAUCAUUCUCCGGUGGGACUCGACGGCGUCGGAGGAGGCGCGUGAGAAGAUGAUAUUCGAGGGAGAGCGUGAAGAGGUGGAUCUCUACCUUCAAGCGGUGGAUGAAAUCCAACGCUCUCUCUCUUCCCUCACUCUCUCUCCUUCCUCGGACAAAGUCAACUCGGCCAUUCAGAUCGCCAUGGCUCGCUUAGAAGACGAGUUCCGCAACAUCCUCAUCUCUCACACGAACCCCUUCGACCCCACCAUCGAAGACCCUCAACAAGACCCUUCUCUCCCUUCUUCUUCUUCUCCUUCUCCUUCUUUUGCUCAGCACGAUGAGGACGAUGACGUCGACGUUGAAAACAAGCUUCUCCGUUUCAACAGUGACGGCGCUUCCUCCACCGUUAACAGCAGUUACCGUUCCACAAGCAGUAUCCGUGAGAUCGAUCUCAUACCCUCUGAUGCCGUCUACGACCUCCGUUGCAUAGCUGAGAGAAUGAUCUCUUCUGGGUACUUGAGAGAGUGCAUCCAGGUUUAUGGUAGUGUGAGAAAAACUGCUGUUGAUGGUAGUUUCAGAAGGUUGGGGAUUGAGAAGCUUAGCAUCGGUGAUGUUCAGAGGUUGGAGUGGGAACAGCUUGAGGCUAAGAUCAGGCGUUGGAUAAGGGCUGCAAAGGUUUGUGUGAGGACCCUUUUUGCCAGUGAGAAGAAACUGUGUGAGCAAAUCUUUGAUGGGGUUGGAACCGCUAUUGAUGAUGCUUGUUUCAUGGAGACAGUUAAGGGUCCUGCUAUUCAGCUUUUUAACUUUGCCGAGGCUAUUAGUAUAAGCAGAAGGUCACCUGAGAAGCUUUUCAAGAUUCUUGAUUUGCAUGAUGCUUUGAUGGAUUUGAUGCCUGAUAUUGAUGUUGUGUUUGAUUCCAAGAGUUCUGAGACUAUAAGGGUUCAAGCUGCUGAGAUUUUGUCAAGGUUGGGUGAGGCUGCUAGAGGGAUUUUGUCGGAGUUUGAGAAUGCUGUGCUUAGGGAACCCUCUAAGGUUCCUGUUCCUGGUGGCACAAUUCACCCUUUGACUAGGUAUUCGGGUGAUCCUUCUACACCUGAUAUGGAUUUGGCUGAAUUGGAAGGGAAGACCCCUUUGGCUGUUCACUUGAUUUGGAUCAUUGUUAUAUUGCAAUUCAACUUGGAUGGAAAAUCCAAGCAUUACAAAGAUGCCUCUUUGAGUCACUUGUUUAUGAUGAACAAUGUGCACUACAUUGUGCAGAAGGUGAGAGGGUCUCCUGAGUUGAGGGAGAUGAUUGGAGAUGAUUAUUUGAGGAAGCUCACAGGGAAGUUCAGGCAGGCUGCUACAAGCUACCAGAGAGCAACUUGGGUGAGAGUGUUGUAUUGUUUGAGGGAUGAGGGGUUGCAUGUGAGUGGAGGAUUCUCUUCUGGGGUCUCAAAGAGUGCUCUCAGGGAAAGGUUUAAGGCCUUUAAUGCUAUGUUUGAGGAGGUUCAUAGGACCCAAGCUGUUUGGUUGAUACCGGAUUCCCAGCUCAGGGAGGAGCUUAGGAUAUCUAUUUCUGAGAAGCUGAUCCCGGCUUACAGGUCGUUUCUUGGGAGGUUCAGGAGCCACAUAGAGAGUGGAAGGCAUCCAGAGAACUACAUCAAGUAUUCUGUUGAGGACUUGGAAGAUGCUGUUUUGGACUUUUUUGAAGGAAUUCCUGUUUCUCAGCACAUGAGGAGGAGAUCUCAAUGAAAAUGGUAAUGGAGUUUUGCAACUUAGAAGCUAGGACAUAUUCUUUUAAUUUUUUCCAUGGAGCAUUCAGGUAAGUGAGUGAUGGCCAAUCUGAGAUUGCUCAAGCUCUUGAGUGCUCCAUGAUUUACUGCUACCAUCUGGGAUUCUCAGGAAAGAAAGAUUCUCUAAUCUUGUGCUGAACUAAAGAUUGGUAUGGCUCAUUAACAGCCUAGUUGCUGGCUGGCUGGCUCACCUCGAAUGCUGCUGCCUGUAAGCACGUUAUUUGAUUUUGCACCACAUUCUAGAUUUUGUUUCAUUUGUUUAUAUUGGAAUUUGUUGUACGUGUGUUUUUUUCUUUUUUCUUCUAUUAUUUCCUCUAAGCUCCAAAAAAGCUGUCUCUUUUGUAGCUUCAAAUGACUUCUAUACAAUGUGAUAGUUUUGGCACUAAUAGAUGCAUUUUGGAAUCGAAAUCUUAGAUUUAGCAUUUGCCUUUGGGCACGUGUAUCUUCUGUUUUUUCUUAUAUCUAUCUGUAAUAGAUUCAUUCAUACGGAAAACAGAAGAAUAUUAGCUGAAUGUACACGCACACAAGAUGGGAAUUGCUGAUAUAUUGGCACUUUGGUGAUAGACCUUGCUUCAAUGAAGAAUAAUGGCAAAUUUGGUUUGGUUAAUGUGUGUUAAGUACACAGUCUUAUAGCUCUUGGCAAGUAGGAUCUGAUUUGAACGCACCUCACUGUUUGUAAUUGGCUGAUCUGUGCUGGUUAAAGAUGAUUU